AAGAUAUCUUAGAUGCUAUCUUGCAGUUAUCUUAUCUCAUACAAGUUUACCAAGUGGGAAACGAAAAGGAAGAAAAGAAAUGGCAGAAGCAAAUGGAAUAGUGCACCACAUACUCCUCGGAAAGUUCAAGGACGACAUCACUCAACAGCGAAUCGACGAACUCAUCAAGGGCUAUGCCAAUCUCGUCAAUCUCAUCCCAGUCAUGAAGUCAUUCCACUGGGGCACGGAUGUAAGUGCUGAUAACCUGCACCAAGGUUUUACUCAUGCGUUUGAAUCAACCUUUGAUAGUGUGGAAGCCAUUGCAGAGUAUGGGGCUCAUCCUGCACAUGUUGAGUUUGCAAAUGUGUUUCUUCCUAGCUUGGAACAGGUUAUUAUAAUUGACUUUAAGCCCACCAUUGUUAACUUCUGAUUGGUUUGCUUAAAGUGAUGAAAGUCACACAAGUUCAUGGAUGAUGUCUUCUUGUUGUAUUGGAUCUGUGCUGUUUUAUUUCCUCUGAUGUUUUUCUACCAUUUAGUUCUUGGAUUGUACUACUUGUAUCCUGUUUUAUGUUAAUGUUUUUCUACAAUUUAGUUCUUGGAUUGUACUACUUGUAUGCAUUUGUGGGAUGAUAGCCUAGUAAUAUCGCAAUUUCACUCUUA